AAAUUCCCAACUUCAUAGAAUGCAUACUGAGCCUUCCAAUCAUAAGACAACAUAAUUGGAAUGUUGCUCGCCACCAUCAAGCAUGGGGGAAGUAUCUCAAAGUCAAGAUGUAGAGCCUGCAACAUCAACUAACAUCAUUCCAAGUCAGUUCGAUCAGCUAGCUCCGGCUUUUUGCAUAAGUGAAUGCUUGUUCGAUCUUCAGCAAGAUGAUGGUUAUGAAUUUCCUACUUUCCCUUCAUGCUCACAGGUUCCUGGGCCUAAUGAUGCAAAGAUGUCAUCAAAUCAAUCAUCCAGGGGUAACAUUUUCGAUGAAUCCAGUUGGCAAACAGUUCUGAGACCUUAUUUAUUUAGCAACCAACACCAUAAAUAUUGUGAAAAGACUCAAAAACAUCUUUCUUCCAUUAAUUUGGGGGGAAGUACAUCCCUUUCACUUGAGCGAGUCCAAUUACUUGGAGACAAUGCAACCUUGAUUGGAAGGCCCCUUCAGCCUACUUCUGAUAGACAGAAUGAUCCCGAACUUCUCAAGUCUCAGCAGCUGGAAUCAUCUACAAGACAUUUGGGGGAUGGUUCCUCUACUUCCAGCGGUUCAGGAUCUUCUGGACCAAUUUUCUCGAGUAAAAAACGAAUUAGAUGGACUCAAGGUCUUCAUGAGAAGUUUAUCAAGUGUGUCAAUAGCCUUGGUGGUGCUGCAAAAGCAAAACCAAAGGCCAUACUGAAGAUGAUGGAAACAAAAGGAUUGACCAUCGUUCAGGUCAAAAGUCACUUGCAGAAAUAUCGAUCUGACAAGUACAUGUCAGAAUGUAAUCAAGCAAAACCUACAAUCAACGACAUGCCCCAACUUGUCUUCUCUUCUAGAAUUAGCAUGGGAAUCAAGGAGGUACAGCAACUGCAGCUAGAUAUUGAGAAGGAUCUUCACGAACAGUUAGAGAUUCAGCGAAAUCUACAGCUGCAAAAUGAGGAAAAUGGGAGGCAGCUGAAGCUAAUGCUGGAGCAACAACAGAAAACAAACAAAAGCGUACCCUAAACUUGAGGCUGAAAAGCCUGCGAAUUGCAGCAUCCAUUAAUCUACCAUGAAGAUGUUAGAAUUUCAACCGCGGAAUACCGGUUUCUCAUUCUAGUUCAGUUUAAUCAAGUUUGUAUAUGUGCAGCAAUAAAAUUCCAAAAAGACUCACCAUCUGCAAGGAUUAACACUUGUUUAAUGGAAAGCAAGCCUUAUUUGGUCUGCUUUUACAUAUAUCAGUUAUGAGAAGUGAGAUUCAGAAAACUUCCAAUUCUAUACUAGAACAGCUAUCAGAAAAGAGGGAAUGUAUCACAGGCCUUGCUUCUUGUCAUAAGAGAUUGAGUUUUGAACUUGAGUCUUGACCA